CUCAUGUAUGUCGAACACGACAACGCAGAUCCAAAACGACCACAGCCAUAGAUCCAAAGGCUGCGGGGAGCGAGAUCGGCGCAGUUGGCUAGGUUUUCAGAAGUCCAUCUAAUGAUAGACCCACACAAUAAUUCAUGGAUUGAGACAUAACGUAUCCAUGUACACAUGCACACAGGCAGGGGCACACAGUCAGAUGUCACACAGUCAAUACGUCUUAGCUUGCAGAAGUUCGACUGCUCCAAUGACACGCUGCACCAUUAAUGGCUACAGACAGCAUCACUCAUGUCAUGUGAGGGCUCACUUCUCCUCCCAUACCCAUCCAUAGACACAUCCAUCCCAUCGCAUUUCGGUCAUCCAUCAGUCAAGCAGACCUACUACAUAUGUUGAUCUACGUAUAUGUCUACGUAGAGAACCAAAAAGGGCCUCGUAUACAGAUACAGAUAGGGAGUGAGCGACUAAUCUCAUUUACAGCACUUGCCAAUCACAUGCUUGUACUUGCUCACAAGAGCGUCCCGAAUUGCUUCCAGCUUGCCGGACGGGGUGUGCCAGUAAAAGUCCUUUUGGCACCUUUUUUUGUUGCGCUGGUGCUCCAUGUGAACGCGGUCCCUGGCCGAACCGUGUGAGCACCCUGUGUUCUUAAGAGGUGGCUCCUUGCGCUGUGUCUUGAUCACCCGGAGUGCAGCCUUGAUGGUCGCCAGCUGGUUCUUACCCCGUGUCGUGAGCUGGGCCAAGUCCUCCUCGGCGAGCUGGGGCAAGUCCUCCUGGGCCUCCUCGGUAUCAUCAAUGUCAGUCGACUGCGCACCCUCGACGGACCCACCACCCUCCAGAAGCUGCCGUUUGCGCUUGAGAGCCGCGAGCAGUGCGUCCAUGCUGGUGUGGUAGUUGACAGUGCCAUAAGUGAACGGAAUCUUACACGGCGGGUGUGUUGUGCUCUGGUGGGUCAUCCACUGAAGCGACACGCGGACAGGGAAGAGUUUGUCUGAGAAGUGCGGAAUCGCCCUGUGUACGGUUUGUUUACGUGGCGCUUGUGGGCUGCCCUGUGUGGCUCCAGGAGACGUUCUAAGAAGGCCACGUAGUCCAUCGGGACCAACUCAUAGAGCUCCGAAUCGCCCUUGAAGAGGCCGUAUUUCCAGUACUUUGGAUCCGACUUGCCCUUGAUCAUGCGGUGCUUCCACCAAUAUGGGUAGACCUGCACAUUGGACACCAGAGAACGAACAGGGAGAGUAGAGCCCAGCUCCCCCUGUGGACCCACAGAUGUGACUCACCUCCCAUAUGACGAACAUGAGCUGUCCAGGCGGAAAGCCCAGCGGCUUGGCCUCUUCCUUCCAUUCAGCCGUCGUCUGGUCAGUGCCGUACCUCCGUGCCUCAUCCUUGCCCGCCUCUCUGGCCUCCCGCCUGACCUCCCGCUUGCCCGUCCUCCUGAUCCAGGCGUUCCCAUCAAAGGGUUUGGUGCGGGAUCCGAACGUGCGCUUGUGGGCAGCGGGGAGAGGGAUGCUGGUGAGCGGGGAAGGGGGACCGGUCGCGGGUGCGGGUGAGGGAGAUGUAGUUGCAGGGGUGGCCGGGGGGUGGGGUGUGUAGUUUUCAGGGUGCGUGAGAUAUGCCUCACACGCACCGACGACCAGCUCCCCCGCAUCCUCGGGCGAAAUGGUGUCAUCUUCCGACGUGAUCACAUCGAGUGCGGCGACAAGUGCCUCAUCAGGGAUCAGUUGCGCACCGUCGUCAACAAAAUCCUGAUCAAGAGCACAGCGGAGCGAACAACGAGCGUUUGCGAGGGAUGGUGAGGUACAGUUACGCGGCACUCACCUGGGGAGGGAUGUCUUCGUCAUCAAACUGGCAAAGUGACAUAAAGGACAGACGCAGAGCCGGAUUUUGCACGUGAGGAUCGUUCGUUCUGAGCGAGGAGUACCUGUUCGUCCUCCCCGGCGUCCGCAGGCCCCGCCCCAUCGAAAUCCAUGUCCUGAUUGGGAGGUGACGCAGCGGCCGCAGCAGCGGCAGAUGACGCUGCAUCCGGCUUGUGCCUAAUGCUCUGCGAGUGAGAAUGAGAUCAGUGCGUAUGGGAGAUUCGUAUAAACAUCUCGUCACUGACCCUCUUGUCUGGCUGCUCGUGGUUCUCCCGGCCCCGCUUGGGCUCCUUCUCAGACUGCUCGGGCUCGUGAGCGCGGAAAUGGCGAUCGAUGAGGUUUUGUACUAACGAUGACGGGGGAGGUAGGUUGAUGGUGGGCGUUGGAAGAGACGGCGCAGAAGCGGCGGCGGCGGCAGCGGAAGACCUGGGUGCGUUCUUGCCACUCUGCGAGAGAGAAUCAGAUCAGGGCCUUUUUGAGGGUGACCGCAGAUCUCCUUACCACCGCCCAGCUGGCGUAGGCGUCGCCCAAGGGUCCAUCCCAGUCUCCAUCGGCCAUGUCCUGGGCCUGCAGCUCCCUGGCCACCUCCUCGUCCCGCAGCUCCCGGGCGAGACGGGCAUCCAGGACCUCCGCCUGGCGGGCGUCCUCUGACUCGUCGGUCAGGUCGAUGACGGGAUUCGCUGGGGUUGACAUCGCUAAGCACUCUCCGAUGGGAGGUCUGCAAUAAAAACAUACAGGCAGGGACAGAGAAUGAAAGGAAAACUGAGGGAUCUGUUCCCGCCAGUUGCUGUUACGAGCGGCAUGACGAGACGCCUACCUUGUAGUGGUUCGUAUGGCCACAGUUCUCUGGGGUAGGGACGCAAGCUGUGAAACACGAAAUGUUGGUUGGAUAUUAUGACAACCGUUGUCGACAGCGAUUUUCUGACCAUCAUAGGGUGGCACGUGCGUGUCGAGUGGGUGGGUGGGUGGGUGGGUGGGUGGGAUGGGGAGACAGGCCGUGUGCAU